AGAGCCAACCGCGAGAAUAUCAAAUCCGGACUUCCCAUAUGGGGCCGCCUAGUUCUCCAGCAAUAUCGAAGGGCGUUCGACGAUCGCGGCGCAGCAGUGCUCCACGUUGGGUGGAACAUGAAGACACGGGAACUUCCGGCACCUGAGCAGUACCAGGAUCGCUUCGAGGACAAAGAACAACAGCGAGUCCAGAAGAACAAUGCCUUCAAGUUCACUGCAGCUAUAAAUGCAGAUUUACGGCGGGCCAAGAAUCCAACUAUUGUUGCAGUUGGAUGGGAUGGGUGCACUUGCAAUACGAAGCUCAUCCAGGAAUGGUUACCUAGUGUGCCCGAAUUCCAGUGGAUCGUUCGUAUUCCGAAUCUCAAGUACAACGCGAACCCGGACUAUCUAGAGAACCGUGAGGGUGCUUGGUGGACAUCCUUCGGCUCCGCCUCACUCGCAUCUUCCCUUUCGGACGUCCAGAGGAGUCCGAAUCUUACCCAGGUUAUUCGCAUCUGGGAACAGAUCCAAAACUCCAAGGACUUGCGACCUAACGAACACGCGCUACAUACUGGCCGAAAUGCGGUAGAUCUGAACGAAAUCGUUUCCGAGGUCGAGACCAAGGAUAAGGCCGAAUCCACGUAAAAGGCAUUCAGCAAGCGGAUCCUUGUACGACCUCAUUGUUAUUGAUGGUGAUGAUCAUCACCCCCUUUCAUCGAUGAUUGUCAAUCGUCUCCGAAUACAUGGAGCUCCACACAUUGUGCGUAGCUCGGGGAAGUGACUAGAACAUCGGUAGGGGUGGGGCCCAGACACGC